GCGAAGAUGUACAGCGAUAUGAUCCAGAUGCUGCCGGUGAAUUUGGACCAAGAAGGCCACCUCUAUUUCCAAGUUUUAGAAACGGACAGCUGGAAAACGUCAGGAAAAUGUGAACCUGCCCAAAUCUUCCGAAGUCCUAAUAAUCACGUCCUCAUAGCACGGCCGUCUGACCAAGAUUUCCCUGCAGUAUUUGAACGCAGAACAGACCAGGAAAUUCGGAAUGUAUCAGGAAUCAAAUUUGACAUCCACAGUUACCAAGACACCAACCCAAAGGGUCUGUGCGUGGCCUUCACUGUGGAAUUUGACCACCAGACUUACCACAUGUUUGUGGAGAAAAAGGAAAACAAAAUGAGGGUGAAUUUUAAGGCAGGGACAAUUCCAAAACACAUCGAAGGGGACACCAGCAACAUCAUCUUCAUCAAAACACGAUUUUCGGACGGCGGCAGGCAAUUUUACAAGUUCGAAUCUGCUCUGGAACGUGGCUAUUUCCUGGCCUUGGAGUGUGUCGAUGGUAGCUCUGAGACCGUACUGGUGGUCAAGAAGAUAGAACUGGCAGAUGAAGUGGAUGAAUCCACCAGGCUCCACCACACUUCAUUCCACUGACAAGGAAACCCAAGUAAAAAAAAGAAACGAGACUGCAAGCAGUCAAGUCGAAAAAGUGCAGAUUUUAAAGGAAUGGUUGAUUUAGUGUAUGGAGCAUAUUAUAAAAUUGCUCACUUUCCUUGCUUAAUAUUUGAAAAAUUGACCCGUGGAUUUGUCUAAUUAACAGUAUCUAAAAUUGGGCGGGGUGAAUAAUGGCACUAGAAAAGACACACAAAUAUCCAUGGCUUUGCAAGGAAUCUCAAAUCAAUUACCAAUAAAUAAAUUUUUAAAAACUAGACAAUAGCCAAACAAAAAAUGGUAGAUAAAAAUCUAAUGGAAUGUCAACAUUUCAAACCUUAUCUAGGCUGAGCAUAUUUUUUAAAUUGAGAUGUUAUAUUUUUAAUAAUAACUAAAAAUCAAUCCAGAA